GUGGCAUUAAAAUUUCUCAUAGGAUUGUAGAUAUUACAGGUAUCUCAAAUCUUGAUGUUAUAGCAUUCACAUCACUGCUAGACGGCUUUGUCAAAAUUGGGGAUAUAAACCCGGCAAGAGAUAUAUUUGACUCAUUAGAAUUUUGAGAUGUAGUUGCAUGGACAGUCAUGAUUGUAGGUUAUGCACAGAAUGGUUUACUUAGCGAUGCUUUGGAUCUCUUCAAGAAAAUGGUUAGAGAAGGUCCAAAGCCAAACAACUAUACUUUAGCAGCAGUUUUAAGUGUCUUUUCAAGCUUGGCUUCUCUUGGUCACGCUCUAGCUCAACAUGGUUUUGGAAAAGAUGCCGCAGAACUGUUCGACACUAUGCUGAAACUUGACAUAGAGCCUGACCAAAUUACUUAUGUUGGUGUCUUGUUUGCUUGUUCGCACGUGGGAUUGGUACAACAGGGGUUCAUAAAAAUGUGGAUUUAGCUAAAGUGGCACCUGAAAAUUUGCUUCUUCUUGAUCCCAACAAUAGUGGGGCUUACUCAGCACUUGCUAAUACGCUUUCAGCUUGUAGAAGAUGGAAAGAUGCUGC